AUCAAGAACCUACUCCUGACUCGUUUAUUCCACCUUCCCGCUUUAGAGUGACGCCCAAUUACUUGGUCCGCUCACAUUGGUGGAGGAUGCAGGCAUUAGGUGGACGAGUGACACAAGGAUAAGUGAGUAAAUCAAGAUUCUUCCAGUAGACCCGGAGGAACCAUUCAAGAACGAUGGAUAACGCCCUACUACAACAAUUGAUCACGGCACAGCAGACAACCAUAGAACUCCUGCAACAACAGCUGAGCCGACGAGAAGAACCUAGAGUUAAGCCAAGAGCGGCUGCUCACGCCAUCUUACCUCGUCUAUCCAAGGAGGAUGAUAUUGAGGCCUUCCUCAUGACCUUCGAAAGGACGGCCACCUUGGAAGAGUGGCCGCCCACAGAAUGGGCGAGCGCAUUAACCCCUCUUUUGACCGGGGUGGCUCAGGAAGCCUAUUUUGACCUGGAUUCCCGCGAAGCUGCAGACUAUGGGCGACUAAAAACCGAGAUCCUGUCCCGGUACCAGCUGACUGCCAGAGAUAGGGCUGUAAAGUUCCAUCAAUGGACCUAUACAGCUGAUCAACCCGUCCGUGCCCAGAUCUUCGCAUUAAUACGACUGACGAAACAGUGGCUAGAACCUGAAAAGGGAGUAGGACAUGUGAUAGAGACUCUCGUAGUGGACAAGAUAUUGAGAGCAUUACCCAGUGACUUAAAAAGGGUUGUGGGGCAAGCCAACCCGUUGUCAGCCGACGACAUAGCCCAGGCAGUGGAAACAUAUCGGUCUACAGGGGAGUUGUUAAAAAGUGACAAGGAGGAACGGAAGGAGUCUUCCAAUCCCGUAACACGACUCACCCCGGCGCGCCCACCACCGAAACGUCCAAGCCCCCCCCGGAGGUGGGAGAAGUCAGCCACCACACAGCAGGGUCGGUGUUAUAAAUGUCAGUCUCCCAACCAUUAUGCCCCACAAUGUCCUAGCAAGGAUGAGCCCAUGGUCACGGAGUCAUCACUGCCUACCCCCACACAUCCCGUUUUGAGGGGGCAGGAUCAACACUGUUGGUUAGCAGAGAUAGCCCCAGCCUCAGAGAUUCCGGUGCGAGUCGAAGGACAGGAUGUGGUAGGUAUUCUCGACUCGGGAAGUAUGGUUACGUUAGUAGAGGAGCGGAUGGUGACCUCCGCAACACUGCUACCAGACAAAGUAGCCGUAUCCUGUAUCCAUGGAGACACCCACUAUUACCCCACUGUGAAUCUGCCUAUUCUCACUCCAAAAGGAAGGUGUAAAGUCAGGGCAGGGAAAGUGCCCCAGCUGAAGGUGCCAUUAUUGAUCGGGAGAGACUGUCCCCUAUAUAAGGAGCUUCGGCAGAUGACGUUAUGCACGGGAAGAAGGGGGACAGGAAAGAAGAGAAAAUCCAAGCCCGAGGUAGUAUUCCUACAAGGAGUCCUAGCCGCGUCCUCGUCCUCUGCAGCAGAGGAAGAAAUAGCGACCCAACGUUUACGACAGAUAUUUCAGGAAAAACCUGCCAAACCAGGUAGAGUGGAAAGACGAGACGGAAGAGGCCUUUCAAUUGCUAAAAGAUGGCCUGUGUUCUGAUCCCGUUCUACAGGCUCCCGACUUCUCACAAGAGUUCAUUGUGCAGGUCGACGCCUCGGAUACAGGGCUCGGGGCGUACUAGCUCAGGGUAAAGGUGAAGCAGAGAAGCCGAUUCUCUUCAUUAGUAGGAAGCUCAGCGAUCGGGAACAGAGGUAUGCAACUGUAGAGAAAGAGGCCUUAGCCAUCAAGUGGGCCCUCGAUUAUCUCCGGUACUACCUACUGGGUCGGAGGUUUGCAUUAGUUACUGACCAUGUGCCCCUCACGUGGAUGGCUGGGCCGGAUCGAGGAACGGGAAUGCAGACGCGCUGUACCGACGCGACCAAGACGGUGCGUCUGGCGCCCGACCCUCCGGUUCGGUCCUGGGGGGGAAGGUAUGUGGAAGGACCACCAGAGGGCAGGCUGGGCUCAUGGAUAGUAGCCCAACAAGGCAUGGGAGACAAG